CCUUAGGUUAAUACUUAGGUAAGAUUUCAACUUAAAAACUAAGGCAAAAUUAUCCGAUUUCGUCUGUGCGACGAUUCGUACUAUUUUAGUAACCGCUUCACCGAAUCUAUAAUUAGGUCGCAAAAUGGCAGACAAUUGUUUGGCGGAAUACGUUGUAAUCAAAUUGAACGGGUUUUACUAGUGUUAAUGGUGGGUAAUUGAUACAAAAAGGAUAUAUAUAUGUGAGGUUUACGGAUUCGGUAUGUAUCGAAACAGUUGCCACAUUAUUUCUGUAUCGAUAACAUACUUUUCUCGUCGACCUUGUUUUCAACAACAAUAAGCAUGUACACAAUUGGAAAAACCCGGAAGUAAACGCAGACGAUAAUCAUGGCUGAGAUGGCAAAGCAGAGAUCGCCUAAUUUUUCUAUGCAAGAAAACUCUCUCCUUUCUCAGCUUAUGGGCGAGGAAUAUAAAGACACGGGCCUUUCGCGUCACAAGUACAAUAUCCAUAGGUUUACCAGCAAGAUUUCCAGGGUAACCAAGAAUGAGAUGUGGGCUGAAAUUGCAGAAAUGUUCUCUGCAAAUACCACUGGUCCACAUCGCACAGCAGACCAGCUUGAAAAAAAAUGGGAAAACAAUGUCUCCAAGCACAGGGGGAUAUAUAAUGAUCACCAGCGCCUGCUAAGUUUGACUGGAAGUGCUCCCUUCCAGUCAAAAUAUGAUAUUAUAACUGAGUCCGUCAUGGCAGUUGUUGGAAAGGAGAGUGCGGCUGUGCAAGGCGUUGCCCCAUUCACCCUGGAUACAACCUUUAUCCAGUUGACAGACACAAGUCAAGCAACAACAGUUGAACCACCAUCACCUGCACCGCCACAACAAUGUGACAACAGAGCUGUGAAAAGAAGACUCGAUACAAAUGGGGAACAUGCUGUUUCUGCAGUCAAACCAGCUACCACAUGUUGCAGUCAUUGUAGUCUGAACGAACUGAAUGUUCUGAAGAAGAGAAAGAUGGAACUACAAAUUAGACUGUACAAGGCCCAGUUGGCGCGACUUGGCGAAGAAUAAAGCAAAUAAUAUAAUUAUAUUAUGUGUAUUUUAUCAAAAAUUACAUUAUUAUUUUGUUAUGAAGAUAAAGUAUAGUUAUAUUUAAGGUUAGUUAUUCUUAAAUAUAACUAUACUUUAUCUUCAUAACAAAAUUAUAAUUUAAUUUUUGAUAAAAUACACAUAAUAUAAUUCUAUUAUUUGUUUUAUUCCUGUUCAUGAACUUUAUCAACUUUAUGUUUUUUAUGAUAUUUGGACUAAUUGUAGGCAGUAAGUUUGAAAUGUCACAAAUGCUAAAAUAAUUAUUUAAAUUAAGUAUGCAAGUUUGCUUUGUUGAAAGAAGUUAAACCUUUGUUUUCAUGUAUAUUUACCACACUAUUCACACUAGAGUAUAUGUAUGAACAGUAACAUUUAUUAUUGCAUCAACAAUUUAUUGUUAAUAUAUAUCAAUGAUGAUUAAUUAUGUAUUGGAGAAACACAAACACUUUUAUAUGGAAAUGAUAAUCAUUUCCAUAUACAAGUUUUUUGUGUUUUAUUGCAAACACAUUUUUCUAAACUGUUGCUUUUAUGCCUCUAGUAUGCCAGUAUAUUUAUAUUACACAUA